AUGACCACAACAAAACGGAGGCAGCCGCUGCACUGGACCAACACGGUUGGUGCUGCCAUCAGCGAGGGGCUCAGUGAGUGCGACCUCGAGAGAGAGCUGACGCGAAGUCGACCUCGCGCUUAUCAGCAUCAACAACUUCAUCACGCCAAGCUACCCGCCCGCGAUGUGAGUUUCUUCGACUCCGCUUUUAGCUGUCUGUCUGUCUGUCUGGCUGUCUGGUGCUACAUCCCGCCGCUCUCCAGCUAUUCUCGUCCGUCGGCGCAGCACCGCGCCGUCACCCGGGCUACCGGAACCUCACACAAGCUGACGGCCGUGCGAUGGAAGCUGACGAACAGGGAACACGUCCAGCUCCUGUUCUAUCUCCUGAUAGUUCCCGAGGAGAAGAUCUCUGCCCGCUCAGUCCGCGGCACGAGUGCCGAGGUCCCCUCGCCCAUGUCGAUUCUGAACCGGAUGCUGGACGAGUAUGGGCCGGGGGUUAUGGGCCGAUACUUGCCCCCCGAGGGGCGCGAGAUAGACGCGACCAGCUUCGAGCGCUCGCUCCCGCAAUACACCGACCUGCUCGACGACGCGAGUCUCCCCCUCCUCGUGAUAAGGGAAGCGCUAGAUCCUGCCCCCUACCUCAUCAAGCAACAACGGGGCCGCGUCGCCUCCUCCCUGCUCAGUCUGCUCGUCGAGCUGGCCUCGGGCCCGGACCCGAGCUUCCACCCACACUCGCUCGUCGUGAGCCUUGUCGCGCUCCUCCGCCGACUUGACCGGGACCAGCUGCGCGCCCUCUUCGCCAUUUCCGACAUUGAUGCUGCCGCCGAGGCACACGUGCUCGCGCUAGCGCUCGAGGAGAGGGCGGGGACGAGGUUGAAACUCUCGGAGAACAGGAGGAAGGGCACGCAUGCCGGGUUCGAGAGGGGGAAGUGGGGCCCGCCGACCGUCAAGUAUGCCCUGCAGCUUGCGCGGGACGCGGACGAGCUCGGCGCUACCAUCGCCACACGCCUGAUUGCCGAUAUGGGCCGGAUACGGGCGGACGACGACGGGUGGGCUGAGAUUGACGACGACAUGCUCGAUGACGUGACCGACAAUGCCCUCCGCCUCGCCCUCCAGGGCGCGAAGAGACGAUACGACCAAAAGCUAGUGUAG